GGCUCGGCACUGAAGUGGGCUGGAUGGAAGAAAAACAGCGGCGAUGGACGUUAUACCGCAGGAUUCCCAUUUACCAUGCCGAUAAAUAAGCGUCGGAACAACUUCUCUUCCAGACCUCUCACCCCAGAACGCUGACCACCUGACACAAAGGGAUGCUGUACUUUUACUGCUCACUGUACUCUCAAGCCCAUACAUGACCCGUUCAUCAACAUCCAAGGCAGCCUAGGAGGUGACGGUGGGCUAAAGGAAAGAAGCAAGUGAAUUAAGGAGUUCAGAAUUCCACCUCAGCUCUCAGGCCCAUUUUUGUGCCAGUUGGUCAGGGAUGGUGAAACCAGUAACCUCUGUGACUUGUGGUGAAAAGGACCAUCCUGCCUUACCCUCCAUCUCCAGCAAGCCCAACAGCCAAUUUGUUAACCAAACACUCCGACAGUCCACCAGUCAAUCACUUUGUCAACCAGCCUGCUAUCUUCCAGCAACUUAUUACCUCAGCACCAUGACUGCUCUGUGUGAACUCCUUUUAGCAACUCACUAAUUCAUGCCCCGGAGUGUGAGUGGAGUGGAGAUGCGUAAAAGGCAGGCGACGCACAUCGAGGCCCCACCUCAGGCCCCUGGUCACCCCCGACCCAACACCUGCUGCCUAUGCUGGUGCGGUUGCUGCAAAUGUCUCUGGAAUGAAGACAGAAUAGAGAGGAGUGAACGACAGACUUGCACCAAGAUGGACAGUAUUGAAGCUGCGGAAGAACAACAGCCCAGCCUGGAUGAGGUGUUAUUGUGGGCACGGAGUUUUGAGCUGAUGUUGCGCUCGUUGGAGGGCCAGGAAAUCUUCCGUGAGUUCCUACGCUCGGAAUACAGUGAGGACAACCUGCUUUUCUGGUUGGCCUGUGAAGACCUGAAAAAGGAGACCAGUCCUUCAGUUGUGGAUGAGAAAGCCAGAAUCAUAUACGAAGACUAUGUGUCAAUAUUAUCGCCCAAAGAGGUAAGUCUGGACUCUCGGGUUAGAGAAGGCAUAAACCAGAGCCUGGUAGCACCCAGCAACCUGAUGUAUGAGGAGGCCCAGCUUCAAAUCUACACCCUGAUGCACCGUGACUCCUUUCCCCGUUUCCUCAACUCCACCUUUUACAGAGACCUCCUGUCCAGCAGGAGGCGCACCUGCCUCGACACCUAGAAGUUCUCCUUGGUCACCCUACACAAACGAGACUACUACUUCAAAUACUACUAUGGUGCCAGACGGUGGGUUUGAAGGAUCUCUCUUUGUUUGACUGGAAAGACUGAAUGACAUCCACGAUAGCUGGUCAUUUUUGUUGUUGUUGUUGUUUGUUUGUUUUUUAUUUAUAUUUUCUAAGCAAUUUAUAUCCAGUACUGCACUGGAACCAGGUUGGCCUUUGCUGGUUGGUUAUUGGUCAAUAAGACCAUCAGUGCUGGCCAGUGAUUCUUUAGUGCUGUUCAUUAUGGUUGAAUGGCCAACCCACUUGUGAACAAGUGGUUCAAAAUGGCCAAUCUAUUGGCCAGCAAUGUGACUGUGGACUGGACCUCAUCAAUUGAUGGGGACAGACAGAUAGAGAGAGAGAGAGGCAACUAUUCCUAUACUGUAAUGUUUAGGCCUCAUGCUAUCGACCCUCACCCUUAAAACUUCUCCUCCUUUCUGUUUUGUCUUCAGUUUUUGUAGUUCUGUCCCAUUCCUCACAUUAUUGUGUGUGAGUUUAUUUUUUUCAAUUGGACUCCUCUGCCAAUUUAAGCAGAAUAAGCACUUCUUGCUCUCUCACUCUGUCUGGUGUAGCGUGACGACUUUAGCCGAGGACUGCAAGCCUUUUUGAAUUUUGAGAUGUAUUGAAACGGGACUGUCCUCCCCAUCUGGCUGUGUGUGAUCAGUAAAGGGAAAGCGUAACACUUCUGUAAAAUUUAAGCUCAAAGCAGUUAUGUUAUUGAGUAGGUUUGACCGUGUCUGCAACAAACACAACAGCAGCCACCUCCCAGACCCCCAGCUGUCCAUCUAUCCAUUCACUCCUCUGUCCAUUCGCCAAAGCACUUUCCUUCUUUACGAUUCCUUAAUUGGUAGAAGUAAGGGCUAGAAUUGUGGUUGGACAGCUACUUGUAUUAUUACUUCAUCUUUGGGUGGUUUAAAAAAAUAUCUGUGUGAAGAAAAUUACAAUCCAUGUACAAAAAAGGCUGCACAAUUGCUGCCGCUUUUUCCCAGAGAGCAACCACAGUUUGUCCAACGAUUCCAAUACCUUUCCCUCCCUGCCUUUCGCUAGCUCGGAUCGCCACGGCCUGACAAGCACAUGUGCCCUAUUGCGGGGUAAAACGACGUUGUGAGAAAAUAAAAUGCAACUCUUACCGGAUCCGGACAGUAAUGUGUUCACUUUCAGUGUUUUGAACAGAUGGAGGGUUUUGCCGUUUAGUCAUCCACCACAUGUACGAUAUUGGGGAUUAUGGAAAGAUGGAUUUUAUUGGAAGAAACGGCCAGUAAGUGUUGCAAGCUAGCACAGCAGAUGUUAUAACUGCUUUUAUGAGCCUUGAUUCUGUAAGGCUUUAGUUUUAGAAGGUGUUGGUGGACAUCCAUCAUUGCUUUGUCGGCAUGUGAACCCGUGUGCCAAACAGGAUUUCAAACAUGCUGUGAAGAAAUGUACCUUGUAGCUCAACACUGGCUCUUUAAGCCUCAAUUUUUGGUGACACGUCUGGCAACUGGAAGACGUACUCCUUCAUUUAGCUGCUGCCCAUUCAGGACUCAUUUUUCCCAGAGCUAGUGAAAAGGGCUGGAAGAGUAACGCCAACACGCUGCCAUACUAGAAGAAUUAUGAAAUUUGCAUAGCCGCGCUAUAUGCUAGCCUUCCCAAGGCUAAAUAGGUUUCCGCAUGCAGCAGGCAAACUGUUAGUAUGCUAGCACUAGCCAUGCUAAUUCUCCAUCCCACAGCCAGGACUCCAGGACGCUGGUGUGUUUUUCUAAUCUGACUUUGCCAGCAUGCAGUGGCAAUAUGGGAUAAAGGCUACAUGUGUGUGCAGUACAAUUACACACCCAACAGGAUUUUUUUUUUUUUUUUAGAUUUUUUUUUUUUAAGUUAAAAGGGGUCUUCCCAAUUGUCCCCUUAACUUUGUAAUAUUUAAAAGGAUGUUUUCUUAUUUGAUGAUAUUAACAUUUGAACAGGAGCUUAGUUCUUGGCCUAUGGGUGUGCAGUAGAAAGUGCAUGAGAGCAGUAUAUGCUAUUUUAUUGAAAACUCUGGGCCUGGGUACAUAUUUAUCAUGUUAUGUGAUGGCUAGCUAACCUUUUGAUUUUGUGGUUAGUUCAGACUUAAAGCGCCAAAUGAAACUGUGCCACUCCUCAGUGAUGAACAAGCAUUCAUGUUACCACCUCCUUUAUCUGCCUGACAUUUUUGUGCCAACUUUGGAUAGUUUAAAAUUUAAACCAUGUCUUUUGUGGGAUGUCCAGCACACUUCAGUUGCAUUUGGGUUGAGUUAGACAUAACCAUUUGUGUCAUGUCCCGAUGUGUUUGGCUGAUUGCCUUGUUUUAGGUGAGUCUGGGGAUGCUUGUCGCACUGAAUUAAAUUUUUAGCAUGCAUUGAAAACGUAAUUAAGUCAUUUGUUAUUCUUCUCACUUUGAGUAAAAAAAAUGUUCAAGUAUGGCGAAUAGCCCCAAACUGAAUCUAGCUUUGCUUAGGCUGAUGGUAAUUAUCACAUAUACCUUAAGGGAAAGCCUGUCGGAAA